AUGGGAAGGAAUUCGUGUGGUUCGAAGGAAGGCCUCAACAAGGGAGCUUGGACUGCUAAUGAAGACAGACUCUUGAUCACGUACGUCAAUACUCAUGGCGAAGGCAAAUGGACGACCGUUCCAUACAAAGCAGGGCUCAAAAGGUCUGGAAAGAGCUGCAGGCUCCGAUGGCUAAACUAUUUGAGCCCCAAAAUCAAACGUGGAAACUUUUCAGAGGAAGAAAACGACCUCAUCAUCAGGCUUCAUAAGCUCCUCGGCAAUAGGCUAGCUCUCUCUUCCCUAUACUUUCUCGUGAAAUAUCUAUUCCUAUCUUAA